UAACCACUGCGCCACCAGGGAAUCCCUUGAUACAGUUUUUUAAAAAUAACUUCUGUUCGAUCAUAAUAAGUAAUAUGAUCAUUGUAGAACAUUUGCCAGUACAGAAAGAGGUAAAGAAUAAAUAUCCCAUGACUCCAUCACUCCUAGUAAAAUGUCAGAGUUGUUCCUUCCCACCUUUUACAAAUUAGCUUAUAUUAGAACCUGGUGUCACAGACUGGCCGUCUGACCUUGAGUAAAUUCUUAAUUGCUUUUGGCUUUGGUUCUCAUGUCUGUAAAAUGGGGAUAAUCUUUACCUUCAAGGGCAGUUGAGGGUUGAGAGAGCUGGAUGGCAAGAGCACCGGACAGAGUGCGUGCCACAUAGUAGGUGCUCAGUAAAUGGCACACCCACCCCUUUGAGAGCAUAUAGUGUAUAUGGUUACAUAUCCGGUAUUUUUAACUUGUCAACAGCAUUAUCCUAGGUCUGAAAGCCUUUUAAAAACAUUUUUCAAGGCUCGUAUUCCAUCAUUGGGGUGUACCAUAAUUUAUUUAAGAAUUCCCUUAUUCCAUUAUCAUAAAGUGUUUAGGUUGCCCCCAGACUAAGGCUGUUUUCCCAUGGCCAAUUAGAAUAAUAACAAUUUUCAUAAUUAAGAGCACCCUAAAUAGCCCCAUCAUUAGGAGCCGAAACAAAUUAGGUUUUUGAACUGCAGCUUGGGGAUGGCUGAGGCUGUAACAGAGAAUGGGUGCAUUGACACGGCCACUGCGUGUGCAUGGUUGCUGCGUUCCAGGGGAACAUCAGUGGGUGUUCUGGGCAUCGCGCCAAGUGUGCCCCAGGUGCCUGGAGCAGAAGGUGCUCCUCUCUUUCGGCGUGUGUGUUUUAGACCCUCUGGGAUAUUAGGCAUUUGACGAGCUGCAGCCCCAGCUUGGGGUCAGCCCCAGCUCUGCCCUCAGGGAGUUCCUGUUCUGGGGGGUGGUGAGAGGGGGGACAGAUACUGAAACCAAUAAAUGCAGUAUGUUUGGAUAAAUGGAGAAUGCAGUUAGGACGCACAGGAGGAUGGGGUCAGCACUUUCUGUUAAAGGUGUGGCUCAGAGCGGGGUGCUGUGGCUGAGUCUGGAAGGAUGGGCAUGUUUGCUGGAGGCUUAGGUGCAGAGAGGAUGGAAGUCUGGACAUGGGCACCAGCAGGGUCAAUGUCUGGGAGGUGGGAAAUGGCUCCGAAUGUUCUGGCACUUGCUAGAAUUUGAUGCAUGUGGACAAAAGGUGGAGGCCUUGGUAUUAGUGGGGACAGUGGCCGGUCGUGGAGGGGCCGUGUGCUGUGUCUUUCUCAUCUCUGGGUCUCUAGUACCCUGACAGAGCCUGGACCGUCAUGUGCCUGCGGUCUGUAGGCCAAACACGUUCAUGAAGAGCUUAGCUGAAGUUCUCGAGUGUAGUUCUCAGGCUGUUUGGCAGAGUUAUCCGAGUUGGUUCAUCUGGGGGUGUGUGGACAUGCUGGAACAUACCACGUGCGCUGGUACAUGGGAGGCCCCUGCUGCCCGAGAGAUGAGUGACGCCUGCCAGGAGGUGCCGGGGGGAAAGUCUGGGCCCAGGAGUAAUUGGCCCUGAAACCAGUCCUGUGAUUUGUACCUGGAUGUGGGUCCAGAGACCUCUAGUUGCAGGCGCUGAGCUAAUAAGCUCGCCAGCCAUCUCGAGGGCAUCCCGGGUCUAAUCCUCCAUGGCGGGAUGUGUUCUACUGUUGGAGCAGUUGGCAGCUCAGGGGUGGCCCUGGCCCCCCUAUGUGUGCUCAGAGUUAUUGCAGGCCUGACUCAUCGCCCACGUUCUCAGGCCGGGUAGCUCAGUGCCGCCCUGGGCCGCCACUCCUCACCUAGACUUGAGGGGUGGGAGGUGCUGGGUUGGAGGGGAGCAGGGAAAGGGAGGGAGGCCAAGAUUGGCUGAUAUCGGCUGUGUGCCUGGAGCUGUUCUGGGUGCUUUAUACACACCUAUCCAUCUGAAUCCCCUAGAAAAGCACUUAGAAUAGAGGUUGAUAUGUCCACUUCCAAGCGAAAUCGGGCUUGGAGGGCUUAGGUACCUUCACCAGGUGACACAGUGAGUAGAGUGCAGUGAAUAUGCGGCGUGUGGAUACCACAGCCUGUGCCUCUUCCCUGUCACGUGCUGCUCCAGCUCUGCCUUCCUUGUGGGGCAGGUGGUAUCGGCCUUCUCACUGAAACCCUGCUGGAGUACGAUCUCAGGGACAGCAGCGAAAGCCCAGGCAGGGUCCCAGCCUCAUUAGUGGCCAUGAAAGUGAGUCACCAAAACCACCGGGGCCUCAGUUUUCUCAUCUGCAAAACACGGACAAAAUUCAAUGUCUGUACUUAAGGGGAUUGUGUGGGAAUCGGAGCAGAUGAUGUGACUGGGAACCCUGUUGGCACCAGGGCCCUCCGUGGACGUAACAGCUGAGGGUGCUCACAGCUUGAGAUGCAGGCUCCUCUCCCCCUUCCUCCCCUCCCCCCACUGCUUUCCCUUUUCUCUCUCCCCCCUCUCUAAGUAAGCGGGGUGUAGAGAGGCUGAGAGGCUAGAGAGGGCUUAAGCAUCCCUAGGAUUUUAACGUUUAUUUAGGCGGAGCCCAAGGUAGAGAUCAUGCUGAGCUUUCCUCGCUAAGAAAAUGGGCCUUAGAGCCAGUUGAUCUGGGUUUGCACUCUGUGCUACCACUUACCAGUGUAUGUGUGACCUUCAAUAAGACCUUGACUUCUUUGUUUUCCUGUCCAUAAAGUGGGAGAAAUACCGCCUUGUCAGUCUGUUUGGCCCCGUUCCUCUCUCACCCUAGGAGCUUCCACAGACCCCCUUUCUUCUUCAAACAGCUGCAGGCACAUAGAACCUUCAUCUGCCUCCAUUCAGUCGUGCUUUGAGCUAAUCCAUGUAUAACACGUGCUACAUGACACGGCCUGUGCUGGGGCUGGCGAGGUGGCUGUGGACAAGGCCGACUCGCUGGGUGUCUGCCUUCUGAGGGGGCAGAAAGACAGGGACCGCCAUAUGUGUUUGUGGGCGUUAGAGUUCUGGUCAGGGCCAUGGAGGAGUUCAUGUGAUGGAUGGCCUGGGAAAACCCUGAGUGAUGCAACUGGGUGGGAGUGACUGGGAGAAGAAUGUCUUGGGAGAUGGGUGUAAAGUCUUUGGAGCUGACCGCUGGUCAGCAAGGCCCAGGCCCAGGGAGUGGGGUGCAGAGAGGCCAGAGAGGGAGGGCUUCAGCACCCAUAGGAUGUUAAUGUCUAUCUAGGGUCUGCCCUCUGUGGUUAAUGGUGCGGGAAACCAGGGCAGCCCGGAGACCUGGACAGAGCUAGGACCCACCCAUGCUUAGAGUAGCAGCUCUGGCUGUCCUUGAGCCCCUGGUCCUUUCUGAGACAUAGUUUUUUUUUCAUCUGUAGCAUAGCAGGUGUUAAUAUGUGUCUCACAAACAAACCUGCUUUGGAAACCUGUGUGGCGUCCUCACAAAGGUAUAAGGGGUCAUGCUGGCCUCAGUCCACAGAGGAUUGGGGUGACUCAUGAAAAUACAUACAGUAUAAGAGGAUACACUUAGUAGUUGGGCCAGAGGGAAAUUAUUGGUAAAAGGACAGAAGCAGGGCUGACGAUUAGCACCCAGAAUUCACCCACUGUGUCUUCCUGGACAUUUGCAGAGGUCUCCUGGAAGCGCUGGGCAAUGAACCUGAGACUGCAGCCCAGAGCGGUCUGAAGCCGGUGGGGAGAACAGAGGGCGUCCUGGGGAAGAUGGCCAUGGCCCCAAGCCCUUCCCUGGCUCAGGUGUACACCAGCCCGGUGGCAGUGGCCGUGUGGGAAUGGCAGGAUGGGCUGGGCACCUGGCACCCCUACAGUGCCACUGUUUGCAACUACAUCGAGCAGCAGUUUGUCCAGCAGAAGGGCCAGCGCUUCGGGCUGGGGAGCCUGGCCCACAGCAUCCCCUUAGGCCAGGCUGACCCCUCACUGGCUCCGUAUAUCAUCGACCUCCCCAGCUGGACGCAGUUCCGCCAGGACACUGGCACCAUGCGGGCUGUGCGGAGGCAUCUGUUUCCCCAGCACUCGGCCCCGGGCCGGGGCAUCGUCUGGGAGUGGCUGAGUGACGACGGCUCCUGGACGGCGUAUGAAGCCAGCGUCUGUGACUACCUGGAGCAGCAGGUGGCCAGGGGCGCCCAGCUCGUGGACUUGGCUGCCCUGGGGUACAACUACACCGUCAACUGUGCCACCCACACGCAGACCAACAAGACUUCCAGCUUCUGCCGGAGCGUGCGGCGCCAGGCAGGGCCCCCGUACCCAGCGACCACUGUCAUUGCCCCACCGGGCCACACGGGAGUGGCCUGCUCUUGCCAUCAGUGCCUCGGCGGCGGCGCAGCCGGCCCCAUGUCAGGCCGCUACCGCCACUCCAUGACCAACCUUCCUGCCUACGCAGUCCCCCAGCCACCCCACAGGACCGCCGUUGUUUUGGGGGCCCACCAGGCCUUUUCUCCAUACAACAAGCCCUCACUCUCUGGGGCCAGGUCUGCGCCCAAGCUGAGCACCGCCAACCUCUGGGCUGGGGCGCUGCCCUCCCUGGGGAACCAGCCCCUCUACCGCUCCAGCCUCUCCCACGUGGGACCUCAGCACCAGCCCCCAGGACUGUCCGCUGCCGGCGCAGCCAGUGCCUCCCUGCCCAGCGGUCCAGUGAGCAGCCCCAGGAGUGUCCCCGCCACGGUGCCCGUGCAGAUGUCGAAGCCCAGCAGGGUCCAGCAAGCUCUCGCAGGCAUGACGAGUAUUCUGAUGUCAGCCAUUGGACUCCCUGUGUGUCUUAGCCGCGCACCCCAGCCCGCCAGCCCUCCCGCCUCCUGUCUGGCCUCUAAAAGUCACAGCUCAGUUAAGAGAUUGAGGAAAAUGUCCAUGAAAGGAGGGCCUCCAAAGCCAGAGCCAGAGCAGGUGAUAAAAAACUACACAGAAGAGCUGAAGACGGCCCUGGAUGAGGACUGCAUCAUCUGUAUGGAGAAGCUGUCCAUGGCGUCCGGCUACAGCGACGCGACCGACAGCAAGACCUUUGGGCCGGUGGCUGUGGGCCGCUUGGCCAAGUGCAGCCACGCCUUCCACCUGCUCUGCCUGCUGGCCAUGUACUGCAACGGAAACAAGGAUGGAAGCUUGCAGUGUCCUUCCUGCAAAACCAUCUAUGGGGAGAAAACUGGAACCCAGCCCCGGGGGAAGAUGGAGGUGUUCACGUUCCAGGUGUCCCUCCCCGGCCACGAGGACUGUGGGACAAUCCUUAUAGUCUACAACAUUCCCCAUGGCAUUCAGGGCCCGGAGCACCCCAACCCUGGAAAGCCGUUCACCGCCAGAGGGUUUCCCCGCCAGUGCUACCUUCCGGACAACGCCCAGGGCCGCAAGGUCCUGGAGCUGCUGAAGGUGGCCUGGAAGAGGCGACUUAUCUUCACAGUAGGGACGUCCAGCACCACGGGGGAGACCGACACGGUGGUGUGGAACGAGAUUCACCACAAGACAGAGAUGGACCGCAACGUGACAGGCCACGGCUACCCCGACCCCAACUACCUGCAGAACGUGCUGGCCGAGCUGGCCGCCCAGGGGGUGACUGAGGACUGCCUGCAGCAGCAGUGA